UGUCGAUGAUACUUUUUUUUGGGGCAUUGAAAAUUUUUUUCCAAAGCUGGAGGAGUGUAGAAAGUGAUUUCAACAAAGGGUAAAUUCACUUACAAUUAGAUUCAUAUAUACACAUCCAUAAUGACUGAUUCUAAGCCGGAUCCAGUCAAGACAGGAGCAGAGGCGGCCACUACUACUACUACUCCUCCUCCUCCUGAUACCAAGACCAGACCACCUAAGAAAGGUUGGUCAAAUCCAGCAUUAAGAAUGAUGGGUAUUCCAAGAAUAAGUUUACCAUCUCGUAAUUGGCUUAUAUUUGGAGCUGUUGUAUUUGGUAUUGGAGGUGGUAUUGCGUAUGAUAAGUAUCAACAAUCCCAAAUACGAAAGAAAUAUGUGGGGCAAGUUGAAUAUUUAAGUCAAGUACCUUAUGCCAAUCAAUUAAAACCUAGAAAAGUUACUGUAUUCAUUGCUCCUCCACCAAAUAGUUUCUUAGAUGAUUCUGUAAGAAUAUUUAGAAAGUUUGUUAAACCAAUUUUAAAUGCUGCUGCUAUUGAUUUUCAAAUUGUUUCUGAAGGUAGACAAGGAGAAAUACGUCAUGUUGUGGCUAAGAAGAUUCGAGAAUUAAGAAUAGCAGCAUCUGAAAGAGAUAAUAAUAAUAAUAAUAAUAAAUCUGAUGCAGACAAAGUUAAGACCAAUAUUACAAAUGGAGAAGAAACUGUCAGUAAAUAUGAUUUAUAUGGUCCAACUAAUGUCUUAGGGUUAUAUAAAGUGUUUGAACCAGUUAAAGUUCAAUCAGAAGAUGAAUUAAAUCCCAAUGAAGCAGGUGGUAUUAUUUGUAUUGGAAGAGGGGCAUUUAAAGAAUAUAUUACCGGUGUACAUGAAGGGUUAUUAGGACCAUUAGAAAAACCCCAAUCAUUGAUUGAUGAAGAAAAUCGUAUAGUUGAAGAAAAACAAGCUGCAAAAGCUGAAGCUGAAGCUAAAGGUGAGACAUAUAGAAGUGGAGAUGAUGAUGAUGACGAUGAAGAAGAACGUACACCAGUAACCAAACCAUUCAUAACCAGUGACAAAUAUGGUGAUGCAUCAUUUGCUCCUGAAUUUCUUAAUGUUAAGACAGUAUUAAAUCCUGAAUCAAAUAUUCCCGCUGUAUUUGAACAACCAGUAUAUGUUUUCCCUGUUCCUAAAUUAACGGGAUUUUUAAAGACUCCUCAAAAGAUUUAUAGAUAUUAUACUACUCGAUAUUUAGCUGAUGAUUAUGGAUCAAGAACAUUAGCCAUUAUAAAUGAUAAAAUUAGAGAUUAUCAAUUUAAAGAUACAUUUAUGGCAAAGGAAGAAGAAAUUGAAUGGCCAAAGAAAUGGGUUGAAAAGGGUAAAGAAAAGAAUUCCGAAUGGGUUCAAGAAUUAACAGUUGAUGAUCGAGUCAUUAGCCGAAUGAGAGUUUAUGAUCCAGAAUUAUAAAUAUAAAGUAUAAUCAUUUAUUUAUUAUGUACAUAGUUUAUUAUAUUAUUAUUAGUUAUUUUCUUUUCCAUAAAGUAUAAUUAUAAACAAAAUCAC